CCCAGUCCGCCAUGGCUCCGCUUAAGAAGCCUGCAGUGAAGGGUGGCAAGAAGAAGAAGCAGGUCCUGAAGUUCACGCUGGACUGCACACACCCUGUCGAGGAUGGCAUCAUGGAUGCUGCCAACUUUGAGCAGUUCCUGCAGGAGCGCAUCAAAGUUAACGGUAAAGCCGGGAACUUAGGCGGUGGCGUGGUGUCCAUUGAAAGAAGCAAGAGCAAGAUCACAGUGACCUCAGACAUCCCCUUCUCCAAGAGGUACCUGAAAUAUCUCACCAAAAAGUACCUGAAGAAGAACAACCUGCGAGACUGGCUGCGUGUUGUAGCAAACACCAAGGAGAGCUACGAACUGCGCUACUUCCAGAUCAACCAGGACGAGGAGGAGGAAGAGGACGAGGAUUAAACCCAUGCUGUUCUUUUGUAAAAAUUAAUAAAUUUUCAAAAGAAUCAGA